AAAACCAUAACCAAAGACGCUCAUAUUAUCAACAGAUUCCAUUUCUGUCUGCUUAAAAAGAAAUAAACACAAGUCUUCAUUGUCUUUGAGGAGAACACAAGCCAUGGAUUCUAUAAGAGGCCAAGGUGGGAUUCAGAUGCUUUUAACUGCUGAACAAGAAGCUGGCCGGAUCGUUUCAGCUGCUAGGACCGCAAAACUAGCAAGAAUGAAGCAAGCAAAAGACGAGGCUGAGAAGGAAAUGGAAGAGUAUCGGUCCCGUCUAGAAGAAGAGUAUCAGACACAAAUCUCUGGGACAGAACAAGAAGCAGCUGCAAAACGUUUAGAAGAGGAGACAGACGGCAGGAUCCAGAACCUUAAGGAGUCUAGUUCAAAGGUCUCUAAGGAGAUUGUGAAAAUGCUCAUCAAGUAUGUUACCACUACAGGAGCAUGAUCCCUCAAUAUAGUUCUCCUUAUUUUUGUUGUUAUGUUACCUUUUUAUUUUUUUGAUAAGUUUUUUCUAUUGCAAUGUGAUGACAAACUAUAACGAUUUGAAAUGAAUAAAACUGUUGGCAGAAGUUUUGAAUUGUUU